GGAGGGCGGGGCGGUGGGCGCCUUGUCAAUUGCAGGCGGCGCGCUUGGCAUGAGGGCGCCCCAUUCAUUCCCCGCCAGCGAGCCGGAGUGGAAAGACUGCAGCCGGGCGCGAAGGGAAAGGGCGCGCCUUGUAGGCUACCUCGCUUCCCCGGGAGCGGAGAACCAGCGGGGCUGGGCCGAGCCCCUCUCCGGCCGCCGCUCCAGCCCCCUGCCCGCCCGGGAGCCGUCGGAGCUACGGCUGAAGCCAUAAAGGAAGAGGAGGAGCGAGCAAGGGGGGCACGAUGGGUCUCCGGCGGGAGGCGAAGGCUGCGCUGCGGCUCUGAGGCGGCGGCGGCGGCGCUCGCCAUUGUUGCCGACCCUUCUCGCGAGUCCAGACCCGCAUCCUGCCUCCCUCCCCCGGGGCGCGGCUGGGGGGCCAGGGCGGCUGUUGGCCCCCGAUGAGCAGGGAUCUCCCCCGGGGAAGGAGGACCGGCGCCCCAAUGAGCGGCGCCUCUCGACUAUGGCUCUUUGUGUUGCUCCUCAAGAACGUGGCACCGUUCCAAGUGGCCGUGCAAGAUGACAACUGCCUUGUCAUUUCUCUCGAAGCGUCCGAUGUGCUGAGCUCGUCUUCGAUCUACGUUGUCAAGAUCACCGGGGAAUCAAAAAACUAUUUCUACCAGUUUGAGGAAUUCAACAGCACUUUACCUGCCCCCGUGGUUUUUAAUGCCACCUACCAUGGCCUCUAUUACAUAGUGACUCUCAUGGUGGUGAACUCAAAUUUGGUUUCCAAGACAGCGAGAUCGAUCAUUGUGCUAACUAAACCACUGCCUGUCACCAGCGUUUCCAUUUACGACUACAAGCCAUCACCAGAAACUGGAGUAUUGUUUGAAAUCCAGUAUCCAGAGAAGUACAAUGUUUUCACCCGAGUGAACAUAAGCUACUGGGAAGGAAAAGACUAUCGGACGAUGUUAUACAAAGAUUUCUUUAAAGGGAAAACCGUUUUCAAUCACUGGCUGCCAGGAAUAUGCUACAGCAACAUCACGUUUCAGCUGGUCUCUGAAGCGACAUUCAACAAAAGCACACUGGUGGAAUACAGCGGGGUGAUACACAAACCCAAGCAGCAUCGGACAGUUCCCUAUCCACCUCGAAAUAUUUCUGUGCGUAUCGUCCAGAUAAACAAAAAUGAGAAUUGGGAAGAGCACAGUGGAAUUUUCCCCGAGGAAUCUUUUUUGGGGAUGCCAAAUACAGCAGAACUGGAGAAACCCACUCACCUCUUGGAUGAUCUGUUGGAACUGCCAACUGCGAACGCUACCUAUACGUGGCCCGAUUACCGCUACAAUAGCAGUGACUAUGAAACCACGUCUCAGCCAGAUUGGUGGAUUAAUGAAUCUGACUUCCCAGAGAGCGAAGAAGAAUUUGUGAAUGCCGUGCCAAAGGAUUAUGAGAACAGUAGCCCAACCCUGGAGUUUGGAAGUCCUACACUGGAGCCGCCAUCGUUCCUCCCUGUGCAAAUGGUGUUGAGUUGGUUGCCUCCGAAACCACCCACAGCAUUUGACGGCUUCCACAUUAACAUUGAGAGAGAAGAGAACUUCACAGAAUUUCUGACAGUGGGUGAGGAUAUUCAUGAAUUCGUGGCUGAGUUGAAAGAACCAGGGAAAUAUACAGUGUCCGUUACAACGUUUAGCUCUUCUGGCUCAUGUGAAAUUCGAGAAAGCCAAUCUGCCAAAACACUAAGUUUUUACAUUAGUCCAACAGGAGAAUGGAUAGAAGAGUUGACCGAGAAGCCUCAGAACGUCAUGGUCACGGUGUUGAGUCCCACCACCGCCUCGUUGUCCUGGAGCUCUUCACAGGAGACCAGCGGCAGCAACCACACAAUUGUCUCCGUUGUGUCCUUGACGUGCCAGAAACAGAAAGAGAGCCAGAGACUGGAGAAGCAUUAUUGCACGGAGCGAGUCUCCGUAAUGCUUUAUGAAACUCUCAUCCCUUUCCUCCCGCAACCAUCGUGGUUCCGGUCCUUUCGAAGCUGGAACAGGCCGUAUCUUGGUGUCUUCCGGAAGUACAUUGUAGAAAUGUUUUAUUUCAACCCCUCAACGAUGACCUCGGAGUGGAUGACGUAUUUCAUUUAAAUAGCAGCUUUACUGUCUCUUCAACCUCGGGCCAGAAUAGGCAACCUGCUACCUGCCUGGUAUUAUAACUUUCGGGUGACAAUGGUGACGUGGGGCGACCCAGAACUGAGUUGUUGUGACAGCUCCACCAUCAGCUUCAUAACAGCUCCAGUGGCCCCUGUAAUCACCUCUGUCGAGUAUUUCAAUAGCCUUCUCUACAUCAGCUGGAUGUAUGGAGAUGACAGCACAGACCUUUCUCAUUCUAGGAUGCUCCACUGGAUGGUUAUAGCAGAAGGGAAGAAAAAGAUCAAAAAGAGCGUGACCCGGAAUGUUAUGACCGCAGUCCUGAACGUGCCUCCAGGAGACAUCUACAACCUCUCCGUAACUGCUUGUACAGAGACAGGGAGCAACACCUCAGCACUACAACUUGUGAAAAUUGACCCAGCUCCUCCAAGAUCCCUCUUUGCUGUGAAUAAAACCCAGACGUCAGUGACUCUCCUGUGGGUGGAAGAAGGAGUAGCUGAUUUCUUUGAAGUCUUCUGCCAGAAGGCUGGCUUGGAUCAGGAUCCCAAAAUAGAGGAACCUGUGACUGUUUCUUCUCAUGUCGUGACAAUCUCCAGCCUCUCACCAGCCACGUCCUACAACUGCAGCGUUACCAGCUUCAGCCACAACAGCCCCAGCGUCCCCACCUUCAUUGCGGUGUCCACAAUGGUGACGGAGAUGAAUCCCAACGUGGUGGUGAUUUCUGUUCUAGCCAUCCUGAGCAUUCUUCUCAUUGGGCUGCUGCUUGUAACUCUUGUAGUUCUUCGGAGGAAACAUCUACAAAUGGCUAGGGAGUGUGGAGCUGGAACGUUUGUCAAUUUUGCUUCAUUGGAGAGAGAUGGAAAACUCCCCUACAACUGGCGUAGGAGUGUAUUUGCUUUCCUAACUCUGUUACCUUCAUGCCUCUGGACUGAUUAUCUCUUGGCAUUUUAUAUUAACCCUUGGAGUAAAAAUGGUUUGAAGAAAAGAAAGCUGACCAACCCUGUCCAGCUGGACGACUUUGACGGUUACAUCAAGGACAUGGCUAAAGAUUCUGAUUACAAAUUCUCCCUACAGUUUGAGGAGCUGAAGCUGAUCGGCCUGGAUAUCCCUCACUUUGCGGCUGACCUCCCCAUGAAUCGCAGUAAAAAUCGCUACACUAAUAUCUUGCCUUAUGACUUCAGCCGCGUUCGAUUAGUUUCCAUGAAUGAAGAGGAGGGCUCCGAUUACAUUAAUGCCAACUAUAUCCCUGGGUACAACUCUCCUCAGGAGUACAUCGCCACCCAAGGCCCCCUGCCAGAGACGCGUAACGACUUUUGGAAGAUGGUCCUCCAGCAGAAGUCCCAAAUCAUUGUGAUGCUCACACAGUGUAACGAGAAGAGGAGGGUAAAAUGUGACCAUUACUGGCCUUUCACAGAAGAACCCGUUCCUUAUGGGGACAUCACAGUGGAAAUGCUGUCAGAAGAGGAACAACCAGAUUGGGCUUAUAGGAAUUUCAGAAUCAGCUACGCAGACGAAGUGCAGGAUGUGAUGCACUUUAACUACACAGCGUGGCCGGAUCACGGCGUCCCUCCCACGAACGCAGCAGAAAGCAUCUUGCAGUUUGUACAGAUGGUCAGGCAGCAGGCGACGAAAAGCAGAGGCCCCAUGACCAUACACUGCAGUGCCGGCGUGGGACGGACAGGGACUUUUAUAGCACUGGAUCGGCUCCUACAGCACAUUCGGGAUCACGAGUUUGUAGAUAUAUUGGGACUGGUGGCCGACAUGCGGUCUUAUAGGAUGUCCAUGGUACAAACAGAGGAGCAAUACAUUUUCAUUCACCAGUGCGUGCAAUUAAUGUGGCUCAAGAAGAAACAGCAGUUCUGCAUCAGUGACGUUAUAUACGAGAAUGUCAGCAAGUCAUAAUUCCAAGUCACAGGCUGUUAGAAAACGAUGAAAGACACCCAUCUUCCCCAGCUUCAAAUCAUUAUUCUCUCUGAGUUUCUCCCGCCCCCUCCCCAACCUGUUCACUGAUUUCUGGUACAUGGACAAAUUAAAGCUUUUUUUUUUCAUUGAGAAGCUCUGGGGAGAUGUAGCCUUAAGGAACCUUCAGUGUCUUUUUUGGACAAUCCAUUUGCUGGACUUUUGUUUUUGUUUUUUAAGAUCAAUUAUACUGGACCAAAUUCAACUCAGUGACGUUACAAGGAACAAAGUGAUCGUGUGCAGAAAUACAGAUAGCUGUUUGUUCUCCCCUCUCUCCCCCCCCCUCCACCCCCCAGUUCUUUUUCAUUUUCAUAAUGUGCAGAUUUGGGCUUAAAGGUUUGUGGAUAGUGCAAUAUUCGAGGUUGAAUUUGAAUUAAGAUGACUUUUCUCCAUAUCCCGCUACCUUCUGGCGAGGGCUGCAGAGAGGCAGGGCACGGGCGAGGUCGCAGUGGGUACCUCAUUCACAUGCAGCAUGGCCCGAGGAGGACCUCGCAGAAAGAGGACAUUUGGGCACACUGACUUUGUUGUCUGUACGUUGGAAAGGGAGCAGACGGGGCACUGCAGCGGAGCGUGCUGACGAGACUCUUCCUUCACCCAACUCUAAGUGGCUCAGAGCAAGAAGACUUGGGCUCAGACUGAACCAUCAGAUCCAACGUUGACUGGUGACAAAUCUUCAUGGAGCAUUGGGGAGCUCAGGAAGCCGGAGGAGAAAUGUCCAUUUGCCUGGUCAACCAGCCUGUGUGGAAGAAAAAUAAUCUUGCGCAGCUGAAUUUUUGGUGGAACUAUCAAGACGCCACGGGCCAACCGAAGACCUCUUUGAGGAUGAGCCUGCUCCAAGCUCCGCUGCUGUAUCAUUAAGUUAUCCAAACCAGUCUUUGGUGUCUAUGUGUGCCCACCCUCCCCCACAUCUCUUUGCUUCGUUUUGUUCCUUUCUGUGGAUUUAUCCUGUGUUAUGGGAUGCUUAUGGAUAUUGUGGGGAAAGAGAUAACAGGUACAACUGGAACGUGUUGAUGGGUUGGGAAUUGGAAGAGUAGAUUGGAGGCUGUCUGUUGCAAGACAAAGGCCAUUCCAGUGACUUGACCGCAUCUCAAGGGCACCCAUGAGCCAGUCUUCAAUACUGCACAAAUCCCUGCUUCCAGAGCAUUAACAAACUCGACAUCUUCUUUUCUUUGGUUUGGCACUGAUUACACACACCAUAGUGCAGGAGCUGAUGUUAGUAGCAGGGGUGUGGGGGACGUUUUGCUUCCUGUAAUUUUGACUUCCGGGUGGCUGGAAGCUUCCGAAGGAAAUGGUAUGCCACCUACAGGAAGUUAAGGGGAGCACAUCCAGGGGAGAAGGAAAAAGGCAAAAAAUAAGGAUAUUGACAUUUCUACCUUGACCAAAGACGUUUGUGCCGAGUGUACCAAACAGGCCUGGUGGGGGGAAACAAGACCUCCCUGAGUGGUCAGACUACAAUGCAUUUAUUUAUUAGAAUCAUAAAGAAGGGGGGAAGAAGCAGCAAUGGUGACGAGGGCAAGGAAGUUCAGGCUUUUGAGGUUGAAGAUGUAGUCGAGAGUUGCUGUUGCUGGCAAUGUCUCGGCUGUUACCCAGGUGUGGAUGAGACCGGGCAACAGUGCAAAACCCCACAAAUAUUCAGGGGCAGAGAGGUUGAGGCCUGGCUCUGAAUUCUCCACUUGGUCACGGAGCUCACUGGGUAGCGUUGGGCAAGUCAUCCCGCCUCGUCCCCUUUGGUCGGUUUGGCCAGAUAAGUGUAGCUCACUGCAACAAGCUUUUUAGAGGUAGGUGAAGACAAAAAGAUGAACAGGAAGUCACGAAGACGAAUUGCUCGUUGAAGUUUGCUGUGAAAGCCCUUGUGGUAGGCAUGCAGAAGAGUGAGUCUUGGGGUGGCGUCUGGUGGGGGGAAAGUUCCUCUCCAACUUUGCAGCCCUAAGGCCAUCUCGGACAUAAUGCCAAUGCAGGUGAGGCUGCCCCAUGCCAGCUAGCAAUCAAAACGUUGGCAUGCAAUCGUCACGGCAGUCUGCUGGCACUUGGGAACUGCAUAUAACCCAGCUCAAUAGCCCUGCCCCUGCUGGUUCUCUGUGCAGCCACUGUGUCUUUGAGAAAGGUCCCUUUCCAUAUGGCCCAGCCUACCAUGUCUAUUUCACCUGCCCCUCCAAGAACAGCUAAGCUGGGAUCGCAGGUGUUUGGGAACGUUCAGCAUAAGGAGGUGGGUUCCAGUCGAUAACAGGAAGCCCCAUGCUUAAAAGCAGCCUAAUGCAUUUUUGCCACAAUCUAUGUGCCAAAGUCCAUAUUUACAAUAUCAGUGGCUCCUUUCCUCCUAUUUUUCAGGGUACUGACAAUUUAUUUAUUAUGAUUUCUUAAGUAUUAAAAGUGUGGGGCUGUGCAAAAUGAAUGAAAUAGGCUGAACUUCCCAGACCUACCCGCCCCCCCCAUCCCGCUACCAAACUGAGCAAAGUGAAAGUUUGAUGCACUGUCAAAGGCUGUCAUGGCUGAAAUCAGCUAGCCAACUAACUGUUGUGAGUUUUCUGGGCUGUGUGGCCGUGGUCUGGUCGUCUUUGCUCCUAAUGUUUUGCAUACACCAGCCAUAGAUGCAGCCGAAACAUUAGGAGCAAACACAGCCUGAAAAACAGAGUCUGGAAAACCCACAACUGCCAAAGUGAAAGUUGUUUGGGAUGUUCUAAACAUCAAAAAUAGCUCAAAAUUGGGAUUUUGUUGACCUCCUACUGACAUUAUUGGGAUUACAGUGGGUUUAACUCCUUCCUGUAACCCUCUGUUGAGGUCUGUGCACUGCCUGCCCAAUUUGUAUCCCACUUACCUGGCCGCAGGCACAGCUGAGAAAGUUGGAAUGCUGCUACAGCUGCAACCCAGGUGGUUUCCCUAGAACACCACCUGUCCUUGGGGUCUCUGGCACCUGGAAGGGAGGCCUUCAGAUAGCUGUCCCAGCUGCCACCACAGAAGCGAUCUGAAGGUGGAAGGGUGGUGACCACAUAUGCAUGGGAAGUGUGGUCUGGGGCCCAGUGCAUGCCAUGCAUGCUUCAAGGAGAAACGCUUUUUGCAAAGUUGUGUGCAAUGAUACGAACUUCUUCGGACCAAGGAGUACACCUUUUUUGUUCCUCACUUCCAUGACAAGUCUCUGCUGGCAAAACAAGCCGAGCCACCAGAGUCUAAUUUGAAGUCCAUCAAUCACACCCUUUAAUUGCUGGAAUUCAGGAUAUGGAAUCCAUCUCUGAACUGUAGACAGAUACACUUUUACCCGACAUACAGCAGAGAACAGGGUUUAAAUUUUUCGCGGAAUGGGAAUGAUUUGCAUCCUUCGCAUAUGCUCAGAGUUUGAUGUCAUAUGUUGGAUGGCUGAACCUCGAUGCCGAAAACUGGUUCUAGGCAAAGUUUCGGUGAGCAGGGGUUCAUGUUCUGUUGGUUCACUUAAGGCACCCGACUGGUACAUUCAAACCAAAUAUCUUGUAUUGUGCUAGAGACCAAACUUGUCAAUCAUCAGUGUAAACUGGCUCCGGCUGCUCAACAGACUCAACAUCCCAGCUGGCCACAGAGACAUCGGUGCAUUGUUUUGCUUUACCGAGGGGCGGGGGGGACCAUUGUGUUGAUUUCAUUCGGUUGGAACUGUUCUGAGUUUUGCAGCAUUGUGUAUAAAAGUAUAUCUGUGUUAGGCUUAGCUUAUUUGAGGUUGUAGAGUAUAGAAUCUGAGCUUGGGGCUAGAGCUGUAUGAACGUGGAUGGCACAAAUAACACGGAUUUAAGCAAAA